AUGCCUCACAAGCACAAGUUAAAAAAAGGCAAGGACGUCGAGGGGCAAUUCGAUCUCCCACCAACGGAGAGCGCUCGGCCUCUCCCUGUAAUCAAGCGAAAUGGAAAUGGAAUAACGCCUGGAAAACAAAUUGCGAAAAAGCGUCCGCGUAGCUCGACAAAAGCUAAUGACACUCCGCGAGCAUUCAGACGACUCAUGGCUGUGGCCGGAGGCAAGAAAAUCAGAUCAGGCUUAGACGACGGCGACGCAGGGAAAACAACAAUACAAGAUGCUAAUAUAUCAAACGAGAAGCUACAAAUUCGUCCUGGCGAGAAUUUAGGAGCCUUUGCCAGUCGAGUUGAUGCAGCACUGCCCGUAUCAGGACUGGCAAAAAAAACCACAACCAGAGACGGCAAAGAUGAAUUAGGCUUAAAGGUUUAUCGGACUCGCAAGGAGCGCAAAAUGCACAAGCUUUACGACCAAUGGAGAGAAGAAGAACGGAAAAUACAGCAAAAGAAAGAGGAUGAGCUGGAGGAGAUAGCCGAACGUGAUUUAGAAGAUGAUGCCGCUGGUAUUCUUACUUCUGCUGCAUUUCAGGAUGAAAAUAGCCAGGGUGUAAAAAGAAAAGGGAAAAAGAGAAGAAAGCAAGUAGACGAAGAUCCUUGGCUAGUAUUAAAAAAACUAAGAGCUGAGAAAAAACCAAAGGUACAUGAAGUUCCUUUAGCUCCUUUAAAAAUUAAUUAA